AGUCAUUAGACCAUCUAUCAAACAUUAGUAACAAACUUAAAUUUAAUAGUUUUUAAUACAAGAAUUUUUUCUUGUUUAAUUUAAAAAAAUAUAAUCUUUAAAAUAAAUAAAUAUGGCAGGGCCAGAGACAGGCAUAAAUAUAAAUAACAUAACUUUCUAUAAUGAUAAUUUGAGUGAUAUAGAUAUUAUUAAAAACAUAAUUGAUAAAAAUAAUCAAGAAGACGCAUUUUAUAUCGUCGAUAUUGAAGAUAUUAUAAAGCAACAUAAAAAGUGGGUCUCGAUGAUUCCACGUGUCAUUCCACAUUAUGCAAUAAAAUGUAAUCCAAAUGAAACUGUUAUACGUGUAAUCGCAGCUCUUAAUGGAAAGUUCGAUUGUGCUUCUAAACAAGAAAUAAGACAAGUAUUGGAAGUUGGUGUGAAAAAUGAUGAUAUCAUAUUUGCUAAUCCUGCUAAAUUACCAUCUCACAUACAAUAUGCGAAAAAAGUUGGUGUCAGUACAAUGACAAUAGAUAACCCAUUAGAAGUGUUAAAAAUAAAAGAAUUAUAUCCUGAUGCCAAACUAGUGAUAAGAUUUGCAAUGGACGGUAAUUCAUGUGGAAUGAAAUUUAGCGAUAAAUUUGGUUGCAAACCAACAGCAGAUGCUAUUAAAUUAAUGGAGUUUAUUAAAAAACAAGGAAUGUAUUUACGUGGAUUUAGUGUACAUUUAGGUAGCCCUUGUUAUGAUGCAGAGGCUUAUUAUCAUGCUAUUGAAGUUUGUAAUAAAUUUAUUCAUACAGCACGAAGUAUGGGGUUUAACGAAACAAAUUUAAUUGAUAUUGGCGGUGGAAUGACUGGCGCUGAUGAAGAUUUAUUUGAAAAAGUAACAAAAUCAGUAAACGCUGCACUAAAUAAUUUGGACCCUUCAAUCGAAGUUAUAAGUGAACCCGGCAGAUAUUACGUUGAAUCAGCAUUCACAUUAGCGACAUAUAUCCACAGUAAAAAAGUAAAUGAUGACAACGGUAUAUUAACACGUCAUUAUUAUAUCAACGAUGGAAUUUUUGGAUCGUUUAUCGAUAAACUUUAUGGAGUUAAACGAACCCCAAUGCCUUUAUCUAAAAUAAAUGGGAAAAAAUAUCAAUCAGUUGUUUGGGGACCUACAUGUGACUCAAGUGAUUGUGUGGCCACAGAAGUGAUGAUUGAAGAUUUGAAAAUCGGCCAAUGGAUGAUUUGGAAGGACAUUGGGUCAUAUAGUAUUUGUUUAGCGUCUAAUUUCAAUGGAUUUCCAAAGUCUGCUGUUUAUCCAUUUAUCAGAGAAAGUGCAAUGAAAAAGUUUUUACAAGAAGUUGAAAUAUUAAAAAGGAAAAUAACUGAUGACAAUAGAUUUUAAUUUAUCAUUUAUCAAUGAUAAAUGAUCUAUAUUAAUGAAUGAAGAGACAUUUGUUAUGGUCGUAUCUACUAUUGGACACAUCAACAUAAAAUGCAUACAAGAUUCAUCAAGUUGAUUUGCAGAUAUGGUUUUUUAAUGUAUACUUUUAUUGUCAAUUUAUUUUACAUUAUAAGUAUGUAUAUUUAUAAUUUAUGAAAUAGUUAAUUUUUUUUAAAGUUUUUCUUUUUUAAAAAAAACAAAUAGUCUUCUGAUCGAUUUAAAGAGCUUGACAUUGAAAUAAAAAUAACUAGGAAACAAUGCGGAAUUCGAAAAAACUUUAUUAGAAAUAACUUGUAGGGAAUAAAAUUGUCUACAAAAAAGGUCUGAUGAUAUUUUGUAAUAGGUCUGAUAGUUUCGCCGGAAAAGUAAAAAGAUCUCAAAAUUUAAUUUGGUAGCACGACUUGUAAUCCGCGGAUAAAAUAUUCGCGACAAAAUAUCCUGAGACAUUUUAUCCG